UGGGUCCUCCUCUUCAACGCGGCGCAGAAGGACGAGGGCGUGUACACGCUCCAGGGGAACAAGCCGGACGUCGGCCGGCGCACCUAUCUCGUCGGCUUCAGCGAGAAGGACGACGCGGAGAGCUUCGUGUCGCUCCUCGAGGCAGAGACCUUUGACCCCGCGAGCGUGUCUCGCUGGAGCUCGCUGCAGCUGCAGGCCUUUUGCGAGACGGCCAACUUUGACCUCGCCCUUGUCCCCUGUGGCGGGCUCCUCCUCCCGCCCUCGCAGAACGUCUACGAC